CGCACAUCCCAGUUCGCACUCGGGGGCGGGCUCAGCGGCGGAAGUGGCGCCGCCGGGAGAUCCUGUUCCGCUCGGAGGCGCUCCCGCGGCAGCCGAGCGGGACUGCGGCUGGGGCAGGAAGAGCCUGGGCGGUGGCUGACAUGGAGCAGCCUUGCAGCUGAGGCCUCGCCUUCCCCGCCGUGUGGUGGGGGCCCACCAGGAUGAACAAACUGUCUGCGGAGCUGGCCCGCGACUUGGAGCGCAGCCUGCCAGCCGUGGCCUCCCUCAGCUCAUCGUUGCCCCACAGCCAGGGCCUCUCCUCACACUUCCUCCCCCCUCCUCCGGAGAAGCGCCGCGCCAUCUCUGAUGUCCGCCGCACCUUCUGUCUCUUUGUCACCUUCGACCUGCUCUUCAUCUCCCUGCUGUGGAUCAUUGAGCUGAACACCAACACAGGCAUCCAGAAGAACCUGGAGCAGGAGAUCAUCCACUACAACUUUAAAACUUCCUUCUUUGACAUCUUUGUCUUGGCCUUCUUCCGCUUCUCGGGACUGCUCCUGGGCUACGCCGUGCUGCGGCUCCGGCACUGGUGGGUGAUUGCGGUCACCACGCUGGUGUCCAGUGCAUUCCUCAUCGUCAAGGUCAUCCUCUCCGAGCUGCUCAGCAAAGGGGCGUUUGGCUACCUGCUCCCUAUCGUCUCCUUUGUCCUUGCCUGGUUGGAGACCUGGUUCCUUGACUUCAAAGUCCUACCGCAGGAGGCCGAGGAGGAGCGAUGGUAUCUUGCUGCCCAGGCUGCUGUCGCCCGUGGACCUCUACUCUUCUCUGGCGCUCUGUCCGAGGGCCAAUUCUAUUCACCCCCAGAAUCCUUUGCAGGGUCUGACAAUGAAUCCGAUGAAGACAUUGGGAAGAAAAGCUUCUCUGCCCAGGAACGGGAGUACAUCCACCAGGGGAAGGAGGCCAUGGCGGUGGUGGACCAGAUCUUGGCCCAGGAGCAGAACUGGAAGUUUGAGAAGAACAAUGAAUAUGGGGACACCGUGUACACCAUCGAGGUUCCCUUUCACGGCAAGACAUUCAUCCUGAAGACCUUCCUGCCCUGCCCUGCCGAGCUGGUGUACCAGGAGGUAAUCCUGCAGCCGGAGAGGAUGGUGCUAUGGAAUAAGACCGUGACCGCCUGCCAGAUCCUGCAGCGAGUAGAGGACAACACCCUCAUCUCCUACGAUGUCUCUUCGGGGGCCGCGGGCGGGGUGGUCUCCCCCAGGGACUUCGUGAACGUGCGGCGCAUUGAGCGGCGCAGAGACCGAUACCUGUCCUCAGGCAUCGCCACCACCCACUGCGCCAAGCCCCCUACACACAAAUACGUCAGGGGAGAGAAUGGUCCUGGGGGCUUCAUCGUGCUCAAGUCAGCCAGUAACCCCCGAGUCUGCACCUUCAUCUGGAUCCUGAAUACAGAUCUCAAGGGCCGCCUGCCGCGGUACCUCAUCCAUCAGAGCCUCGCGGCCACCAUGUUCGAAUUUGCCUUUCACCUGCGGCAGCGCAUCGGAGAGCUGGGGGCCCGGGCGUAACCAUGCCCCCUCGCCACCCUGCAGGCCAGGGUCCUGUCACCACAGCCUUCAGAGCCAGAGAGGAGGCCAGUGGGGCUUCCCACCACCCACAGAGGACCUGGCC